AUGGCGAUGGGAUUCGGGCAAUCGAAAAUAACGAGUGGUGGAGGAUCUGCACCAGGGAUCCCUGACCAUGGAUCGGGAGGGCAAAGGAAGCUUCCGCUUAAUAUGGUGAGCACUUACUAUAACAACCAUAUUGCGGGGAAUGGGCCGAAUAGGGUUCUGAUGGGCCCUUUCGAAACCGCUGUGGCUCGCAAGAAUCCGGAGGGCGAGUUCAAGUAUACCUAUGGUUUUGAACUCCUCCAGCUUGAAGACGAAGGAGAGGUUCUGGUUGCAGUGGUUAACACGACACGCACAAAAAACUUGGCGUCUAUGAACCUUUAUCUCUGGAAUGUUUCUUCGUUCGAUAAGCACUGCGUGCGUAUUCUUUCAAACGAAGACCGGCUAACUGAAGCGAGGAUUCGGUACCUCAUGGAACACGUCGACGAGCUAGUACCUCCAAGAAUCGAGGAGGCACGCAUCAAUGCACUGUCACGAAAGGAGAAGGCAAAAGAGGAAAAGGCAAAAGCGGCAAAAGAGGACCCAUUUUACUCAUCCUCUGAUGAGGAGGAGGAGGAGGAGGAGGAUCGAUAUUGGAAUGAGAACAUCAAGCCAGAAGAGUGGCAUGUUUGCAACAACACAACUCUCGUGGCCAUCGCUGAGCAGCGGAUAUUUGUUGCUGGUCCAGGACGCUUCUCAGUUGUUAUUGCUGGACCUGCUGGUGCUCGGGUGCUGUCUGAGGCGGACCCGGAAGCCUUGGAUAUCCAGAUUUUUGAGUAUGAGCACCGGCUUGCACCCAACGAGUUUCUAGUCAUGCUUCCUGAGACUUUGCAUGUGUCAAAACUUGACCCUGUGGCCUGGAACGAAUGGGUUCAGAAAGGAUAUUGGGAAGUGGCAGACAGAUUGUGUGAAAUGGAUGACGCUAGUGAAAGCUCAGUUCUGGUGCUUCACAAGGAGGAAUCUCGAGCUACCAACUCCAACAAGGUGAUCAAUGGGGAAGAACCAUCGACGAGCCUUAGCAAGUUACAGAGCGGGACAUCGACUCCACAUUGACGUUGCGAGUACGACGAGCAAAACGAGUGAUCGUAGUCCGCGGCAUAUUCGUUUUUUGAGUGCCGAGUAUUCGAUUUUAUCUUUGAACAACUAGUAAUCCAGGAA